UGACUUCGGAGCGUGCGUUCCACCACUGACGGUAUCGGGAAAGGAACACGUUGAUUUUUCCGUGGAAAACCGAGGGAAAUUCAUUGAUAGUGUCGUGUAUUGUUUGGGAUUUAUUUUUUGUUAUCUGCCGAGUUUCUGCUAAUUUCAGUACGAUAAUUAAUGACUUCAAACUCUGAGAAAUAUGUUGGCCUGUGUGUGUCAACCCUCUGACCCCAACAUAUUUCGAAAAGCGACCAUUCUCCAGAACGACAACUCCCUGAAGACAAUCAAUAAAGGAACCACCCCUAAACCUGGACGAACUGUCAGGUUAAAAACAGCGGUUGAUGACAUCAAAAAACCCAAAUUUCAAAACAUCGAAAAAGAAUGGAUCCUAAUUUCAGAACGACCAAUUGGCGAAAACGUCAAAACGAUAUGCACGCCGAACGUCAAAAUGUGUAAACCGGCAUCAUCGUCGUGCAAGAAAACGAACGAUUCUUCUACGGGUUCAGAUUCUUCGCGAAGCUCGCCGAUAAAAGUUCCUAAAUCGUCUUCAAGAACGAAUUCCAAUCGUGCUAGAGAUACCGAACAAAAAUCGUGCAGAAUAACGGAUGGACGCAAGAAGAUCGAAGUACUGCAGGCCGAAGAGUCUCUCUGCUUUGUCGAGAUUGGCAUACCUACAAGUGAUGUUUCACACGGCAAUGAGGAGAAGAAGCGGGACCAAAACAGAAUUGAACACUUCGAAAAGUUACCUGACGGUGUGCAGUUGACCCUGAGUGAACUGCGCGAGAUGGCAUGCCGGCAACAAUCUCAGAUCGACUCCCAGCAUCAGCUCCUAGCUGCGAAGGAGCAGAGGCUAAGGUACCUGAAAGAGCAAGAAGCGAGACAGCAGAGAGUGCAGGCUGAGAGUGAAAGGCUCAGGAGACUGAGAGAUCGCGUGGACGCUCAGGAACUGAAGCUCAGAAAGCUGAGGGCACUGAGGGGGCAAGUGGACCAUCAGAAACAGAACAAUUUAUCUCUCACAAGUGACCUUGAUUCAAUACGUGCCCUCUUCAAUGAGAAAGAAAAGGAACUAUCUUUGGCGGUGGCCAAAGUUGAAGAACUCACCAGGCAAUUGGAGGAACUCAAGAGGGGGAGAUCUAGCAGAGACCAACCACCAGCGUCAGCGUUGGAACUGGAUAAGUUGAGAAGAGAACUGAUGUACAGAAAUAAGCUAAAUGAACAACAAAACCAUAGACUCAACCAACAGAGGGAAGCCUUAACUGCUAGACAAGAGGAGAUGAGCGCCAUCGACAAACGGAUAUCAGAGCUUCAAGAGAGGCUGCAUCGGAAGAGGAUGCUGAACCAGCAACUGGCCAAUCAGAUCAGUGCGGCCAGUCACAAAGCUGCAUAUCAUCAGCUAGUUAGAUUAACUGGAAAUGCAGACCAAAGCAACCAGGCAUUUUCGAGGAAGCAGCAGCAAAAUAUGCAGCAACCCUCAAAUGGAUUAUCAAGAGGAAACAUCGCUGCUGUUGAACCCUAUAAUCACGUUCCUCUACAAACAGGACAACCGCUUAGAGAAAACAAAAUGCAAGAGAAUACUCCAUAUCACCCCGGAUACCACCAGCAACCAAUCAAGAAAGAAAGCGACCUCCAAAACGCCUACGAGAACCAAGACAUGGCCUGCAAAAUGGGUAACAACCUAAUUCCAAACAGACCUGAAGAUAUCGAGAACUUCAAGGAGUUUGCUGUAUCAAAAUCGGAUCCCAAAUAUCAAACGUUGCCCUACAAUACGAAAUUCACAGUCAAUCUCCUGUCCAGCAGAUCCGGAAAUGUAAAUAACAACAACAACAAACUGGACAACAACGAAUUGAAACAUAUCGAUAAAGAGUCUGAACAACCUAGCAUAUCAACAGGAGCUGGAAUGCACAACGGAAAUGUCAACUUCAGCCAGCCUACUGCACAUAUGACGGUACACAGCGCGCCUCUGAAUAUACUCAAUAAGAAUAUGGCAACACCGCUCAACCACAACGAUUUGAUUUUGAGCAGGAGGAACUCGAGUGAGCAAGGAUCGGUCAAAGAGCAUGGACAUCAGAAAAUGCCGGAUCCAAUAUUGUACAAUAAUAUAGCUAGCACCCCACCGAAUAUCAACUAUCAGAAACCUAUCAGCAGCGUAGCACCCACUUCAGUACACCAUACAGGUAUACUAUCAAACGUAUACCAAACAUCUUCAAUCAAGGUACAACCAGUCGAACCCCAGACCACGUUGUCUUCGAACAAACAAGUACCAAGCCCAGCAAACGGAAGAUCAUCUAACAACACGUCUGGAGUAAGCCUCAUCUUGUCACCUCCACAAUCCUCAAGCACGCCUUACAACUCAACUCCUGAAGUGUCGAUAGAGAAGAUUCCAAAGCCUGCUCUUCCACCGAAACCAGCAAUAAAACCACCGCCUAGACAAACCCAGCAUGUACCACUUCCUACAGAAGACAGCGGUGCUCAGCCUCCACCUCUACCUUCUUCGGAUCCUCCUGAAGAUGUUAAACCUAUCACUGUCCCGCAAAGAGUGGUUCUUCCGCCUCCUUUACAACCCUCUAGAGCGGGUGGUAGGGAAGUUACGAUAGAGAAACUGCCUCUUGGGUUAACGCCAACGAGCACAAUCCAGUCAUACCACCAGUCUAGUUCGGAGAUGAUUAUAAAGGCGAAGCCUUUGACCAUAAAGAAACAGCAGUUUACGGAGCAACCGAAGUUGAGGAGCGUUUCUGGGUACAAAGUCAACAGUUCGGCGUCUAGGAGAAUUGAGAUGCCUCCUAGUUUCCAGUAUCAAGCGACGGAAAAACCUCUAGAUUCCCCUUCUUCGACUGACAGUAGGGAAAAGGACAACACCGAAAGAGACGAGGUUGAUAAAGCAGCUACAACUGAAGACCAUUUGGAACCCAACAGGUCCCCGGAUAAAGACGAGAAACCCAUCGAUGGUGUGAUAAGAAGGUGUAAAAAGGGCAAUUUGAAGCAGAGUGGGAAGCAGAACUUGUCGCGAAGGGUCAGCUUCGACCCUUUGGCUCUGCUGUUGGAUGCUAGUCUCGAAGGGGAGCUGGAGCUGGUCAAGAAGACUGCGUCUCAGGUUGCGAACCCUAGUGCGGCCAAUGACGAGGGGAUAACCGCCUUGCACAACGCCAUCUGUGCGGGACACCUCGAGAUAGUCAAGUUCCUAGUGGAAUUCGGUUGUGACGUUAACGCCCAAGAUAGCGAUGGUUGGACUCCAUUGCAUUGUGGGGCCAGUUGUAACAAUGUUGCCAUGGUGAAGUUUCUAGUGGAGCAUGGUGCGUGUAUUUUUGCCACGACGCUGAGUGACCACGAGACGGCUGCUGAGAAGUGUGAGGAAGAUGAGGAAGGCUUCGAUGGAUGUUCUGAGUACCUCUACAGUGUCCAAGAAAAAUUAGGUAUAUUAUCUAAUGGGGCCGUUUAUGCAGUAUUCGACUACACGGCUCAACAGCCUGACGAAUUGAGUUUCAAAUCUGGUCAACAGUUGACAGUUCUAAGAAAAGGGGAUGAGAACGAAAGAGAAUGGUGGUGGUGCCGUUUGGGUGAUAAGGAAGGCUAUGUUCCUAGGAACCUUCUUGGGCUCUAUCCAAGGGUAAUCCGUAGUGAGGAAUGAUUGCAGCACCUGACACAUAAUCAAUGAUGAAAUUCGGCAUUUUGCUAUUGUACAAGUAUUAUUGAAUUUUGGAUGUCACCUUUGCUCAAUAUAAUUUUAUUAUAUUGUGAAGUUUUAAGGAUCACGCAAACUUUUUUGUUGAAACAAUUUUUAAGUUCGAUUUUUGCCUUUGUUAUAUACAUAUUGACUAUAUAAAUAUUAUAAAUAUAUACAUAUUUUCAAAAUUGUAAAUAUAUAAAUAAAAGUAUAAUUAUUUACAAUGAAGAUGAUCGAAUAAAUGUACAAUGUUUUAUUACGUA